AUGGCAGAAAUAGAAGCUAUGCCAGGGGUACAAGUGAAAUUGGAUGAUUCCCCACCAGUUGAACCGGAUGUAAAUGAUUUCAUUGAUGGUCAUCAUUCUGAUGAUGAUGUUGGUCUGGAUGGUGGAGCUGAAGGUGCUGGAGAUGAAGCUGCUGGUGAUGGUGGUCUGGAUGAUGAUGUUGGUCUGGAUGUUGGACCUAAUCAUGGUGCUGGAUAUGAAGCUGCUAGUGAUGGCGAUGAAGAAGGUCCUGGUGGUGGAGAUGUUGAUGAUGGUGAUGGGCCUAAAGAUGAUGGUGAUGAAGAAAGUCAUGGUGGUGGAGAUGUUGAUGACGGUGAGGAAAACCAGGGUGAUGAUGAAGGACAUCAGGUUGUCCCAAUGGUUAGGAGGAGAACAAGGAAAACUUCUGAGAGGAUUACCAAGAUAAAGCUAAGGAAGGGUGUCUAUGAAAAAUAUGGUGAUGGUUUUUCUUCUGUAAAGCCAAUGAAUUUGGAGUAG